GCUGUGUUAACACCGCAGAGCUGCCCGGUCAAGUCUACUGAUCGCAUACAGACAGCGUUCGUGCAAAAUGUGGCGCAGAUGUCAAUCUUGCACGGAGUUAACGCCGUUGCUAUUGGGGGACAUUACGCCCGUUAAUCACAACUGACCAUGAUGGUAGCGCUUACGCUUGAGCACGCAGGCAUAUACAACAGACGACUCUGGAACCACGAUUAGACAGCUAAACAGCACAUCAAACGAAGAAGCGCAGUUGCCAUGCAUCUCAUACUCACUGGAGCGACAGGGCUGGUCGGCACGUCGGUCCUCGACAAUAUGCUUGCACAGGAGAGCAUUAGUCGUAUCUCGAUCCUGAGCAGACGGCCUGUCAAGAUGGCCGAUGGACAUGCCAAGGCGAAAGUCAUCAUUCAUACAGACUUCAACAACUACGACCAAGUCUUACUGGAAGAUCUGAAGGAUGCACAGGGUUGCGUGUGGGCCUUGGGCGAGUCACAGAAUGCUGUCAGCAAGGAGCAAUAUGUCGAGAUAACGCACGACUAUGCCAUGGCUGCUGCGCGCGCCUUCUCUACCAUGCACCCAGACUCACCCUUUACGUUUGUCCAUGUCUCGGGCGAGGGCGCUACGCAAGCGCCAGGCACCUUCACACCGCUAUACGGACGAGUCAAAGGACAGGUCGAGUCGGAGCUUCUCGACUUGGGCAAAUCGAAGCCCAUGUUCAGGGUGUACAACGUCAGGCCAGGGGGGGUGGACUGGACAAAGCAUACGGCGAUCCAUCCGUUCAUACCGCCGCAGGCUGCGUGGAAGAAGGCGAUGAUAGCGCCAAUGAAUCUAGUCUACAAGGCCAUGAUGACGCCAACGAAGGAGAUGGGAGCCGUCAUGACAGAGCUGGCCAUGUCCCGGGGCGAAAGGUUAGAGGGCAAGGACAUUGGCAUGGAGGGGCGGCUGGUUUCCAAUGUAGCCCUCAGACGUAUGGCGGGGCUGUAGAGAUGAUGUUGGCUGAUAGAGUGGUAGACACGAUGAACUUGAUAUGCUUGAUGCGACGGUACCUGAGCAUCCGACUGUGCACGUGGGAACGCUGUCUGUGCGU